AUGGGAUCCGGUUACACCUUCUACUGGAGUGGUCGACCCAGGGCAGAGCGACGAGACGCGGGUGUCGCCUUCGCUAGCUGGACCGACAUCGUGGGACGACUGCCCUGUUUGCCGCAGGGCAUCAACGAUCGCCUGAUGAGCCUCCGUCUGCCUCUCCGGGGUGGGAGUGAAUUCGCCACCAUCAUCAGCGCCUACGCUCCGCCGAUGAGCAGCCCCGAGGCCGCCGCAAUGGACAAAUUCUACGAGGACCUGCAUGCCCUCUUGGCGACUGCGCCGAAGGCGGACAAGUUGAUUGUCCUUAGUGACUUCAACGCUCGCGUCGGCACAGAGCAUACUGCCUGGAGAGGUGUGCUGUGUCCCCAUGGUCUCCAUGGUUUCAACGACAAUGGUCUGUUGCUUCUCCGCACCUGCGCAGAACACCGCCUCAUCCUGACGAACACGUUCUUCUGUCUGCCGGAGCGAGAGAAGGCCACCUGGAGGCAUCCUCGGUCGCGUCGAUGGCACCUGCUAGACUAUGUCCUCGUCCGAGGCGAGAUCAGCGAGACGUGCUGGUGACGAAGGCGAUCGCGGGUGCUGACGGGUGGACUGACCAUCGCCUCGUCAUAUCGAAGAUGCUUAUUCGCCUACAGACUCGCAGGAGACCACAGGAUAAGCGACCCCCAGGUAAGCUGAAUGUUGCCUUGUUGUCUUUGCACGCUCACCAUCUUCAUUUCAGUAAUGAGCUAGCUCAACGGCUAGACAACAUUCCAGUCGCUGCCGCUGACGACGCCGCUGCCGAGAACGCCUCCGUGGAGAACCGCUGGUGUCAACUGCGAGACACGGACCAACGACGCCGCCAUCAGAAAUCUUCUCGCCGAGAAGAACCGCCUACACAAAGCCUACGUAGAUCAUCCCACUGA